CAGACGGAGUAAGAAUUACCUCAUUAUGGAUGACAACCUUGCUCCUUAUUGUUUGCUCUCUGUGUUUUGCUGCUGUGGAGCAGCAUCUGACACAAACCUGCAAAAGAGAGAUCAAGACGUGAUUCCAUUAGAAAAACAACAAAGAAAAGGAAUACAGACGAGCUUCAUGACAUCCUUAGUGUUUAUCAAGUUUCUUUGAAAAAGAAAAAUAGCACAAAUCCUGAAAAGCUGCCACCAGAUGGAGACCAGCCCAACGCUUCAUAAUUAUAUGAAUACUUUUACCGAGAAAGGCAACAUGACUGUGCUAGAGCCAAAGAAUACAAAUGGAAGAAGCACAAUCUUCAGCACUCAACAGACGGUCCUGCCAUCCACUAUGAAGAGUCUUCAGGAAACCCAAUUGGAUUUAUUCAGCCAACAAGCACUCCUCUCCCCUGACUCUAAGGGUUGGCAGGAGCACCCACUGGGGUGCAGCUGCUUCAAGCAUACUUUGCUGCAACCUAUCAUCAAGGACAUGCAAUAUCAAGGUAAAAGCCAGCAAGGUGAACUGCUGCCAGUCUCCAAGGGCUGGCAAGAACAUCCUCUGGGGCCCAGCUCUUUAAAGCAUACUUUGUUACAACCAAUUGUCAAGGACACACAGUAUAGUGACAAAUGUCAGCGAGAAGUCUUGCCACCUGUCUCUAAGGGCUGGCAAGAGCAGCCACUUGGAUGCCGCUGUUUCAUGCAUUCUUUGUUGAAACCUAUCUUGAACGACAUGCGGUAUAGCGGCAAAAGCCGGCAAGCGAUCUUGCCACCUGCCUCCAAGGGAUGGCAAGAACAUCCUCUGGGGCCUUGCUCCUUUAAGCAUACUUUAUUGCAACAAAUCGGUGAGGAAACACAAUUAAGUGGCAAAAGCCAGCGAGGAGUCCUGUCAUCGGUCACAAACAGCUGGCAGGAGCCCCCACUGGGGUCCAGCUCCUUUAAGUCUUCUUUGCUGCGACAAAUCUGUGAAGGCAAGCAGGUUAGUGGCAAAGACCAGCAAGAACUCAUGCCAACAGUCUCUAAGGGCUGGCGGGAGUAUCCACUGAGGCCCAGUGCCCCAAAAAAUAUUUUGCUGCAACAAAUCUGCAAGGACACACAGGUUAGAGAUAAAGGCCACCGAGAAAUCUUUCCACCUGUCUCCAAGGACUGGCAGGAACGCCCACUGAGGUGCAGCUGCUGUAAGCAUACUUUGCUGCAACCAGACAAUAAGGAAACACAGCAUAGUGGCAAAACACAACAAGACGUCCUGCCACUAGGCUCUAAAGACUUGCAAAAGCAUCCUUUGGGGCCCAGCUCCUUUAAGCAUACUUUGCUGCGACCAGUCAGCAUGGAAACACAAUCAAGAGGCAGAAGCCACCAAGAAAUCCUUCCACCUGUCCUUAAUGGUUGGCAGGAGUGGCCACUGGGCUCCAGCUCCUUUAAGCACACUUUGCUGCGACCUAUCUGCGAGGACACACGGGUAAGUGGCAAAGGCAAGCAAGAAGUCCUGCCACCAGUCUCAAAGGGCUGGCAAAAGCAUCCACUGAGACCUAGCACCAAUUUGAAUACUUUGGUGCAUCCAAUCUGUAAGGACACAUGGGUUAGUAGUAAAAUACAGAAGGAAAUAUUUCUAUCUGCCUCCGAGUCCUGGCAGGAGCACCCACUGGGGUGCAGUUGCUUUAAACAUGCUUUGCUGCGACCACUCAUCAAGGACAUGCAGUUUAGAGGCAAAAGCCAGCAAGAAGUCCUGCCUCCAGUCUCCAAAGGCUGGCAAGCACAUCCUCUGGGUUGCAGCUGCUUGAAACAUACUUCACUGCAACCAGUUGUUAAGGACACACAAUAUAGUGGCAAAAGCCAGCAAGAAGCCCUGCCACCAGUCAAAGGCUGGCAAGAAUAUCCUCUGGGACCCUACAGCUUUAAGCGGACUUUGCGGCAACCAUUCGUCAAAGACAUGCGGUUUAGUGGCAAAGGCCAAGAGGAAGAUCUACCACCAAUCUCCAACAGCUGGCAGGAGCAGUAUCUGAUGCCUAGCUCCUUUAAGGAUAAUUUGCAGCAACCAGUUGGCAAAGAAAUACAGUCAAGCUGCAAAAGCCAGCAAGAUGUCCUACCACAUGUCUCCAACACCCGGCAGGAGCAUCCAUUGGGGCCCAGCUCCUGUACGAAUACUUUGUUACAGCCAAUUGUCAAGGACAUGCAGUAUAAAGUUAAAAGCCAACAAGAUGUUCUGCCACCAGUUUCGAAGGGUUGGCAAGAGCAUCCUCUGGGGCCCAGCUCCUUUAAGAAGUAUUUGCUGCGACCAGUUGUUAAAGAAACACAGUUUGGUGGCAGAAGCCAACGAGAAGUCCUACAACCUGUCUUCAAGGGCUGGCAGGAACACCCACUAGGGCCGGGUUGCUUUAAGCAUACUUUGCUGCAACCAUUCAAAGACAUGCAGUUUAGUGGCACAGACCAAGAGGAAGCAUUACCAUCAUUCUCCAACAGGUGGCAGGAUCCUCUGGGGCAGCACACUUUGCUUCAACCAGUUGGCAAAGAAACACUGUCAAAUGGCAAAAGCCAGCAAGAAGUCCCCCCACAUAUCUCCAAGGCCUGGCAGGAGCAACCAUUGGGGCCCAGGUCCUGUAGGUAUACUGGUCUGCAACCAAUCAUCAAGGACACACAGUAUAAAGGUAAAGGCCAGCAAGAUGUUCUGCCACCAGUCUCCAAGGGCUGGCAAGAGCAUCCUCUGGGGCCCAGCUCCUUUAAGCACACUUUGCUGCAACCAGUUGUAAAAGACGCACAGUGUGGAGGUAAAAGCCAGCAAGACGUCCGGCCACCAGUUUCCAAGAGCUGGCAAGAGCAAUUUCUGGGGCCCAGCUUCUAUAAGCAUUCUUUACUGCAACCAGUUGGCGAGGAAAAACAGCCUAGUGACAAAAGCCACCAAGAUGUCCUCCCACGUGUCCCCAAGGGUUGGCAGGGGCACCUACUAGGGUCCAGCUCAUUUAACCAUAUUUUGCUGCAAUCAAUCAAGGACACACAUGUUAGUGGCAAAAUCCAGCAAGAAAUCAUUCCACCUGUCUCUAAGGGCUGGCAGCAGCAUCCACUGGGAACCAGCUCCUGUAUGAAUGCUUUGCUGCGACCAAUCUGCAAGGACGCACAGUUUAGUGGCAAGAACCAGCGAGAGAUCCAGCCACCUCUCUCCAAGGGCUGGCCAGAGCAUCCACUGGGGCCAAGCCCCUGUGAGUAUAAUUUGCUGCCACCAAAAUGCAAGAACCCACAGUUUGGUGGCAAAAGUCAGCAAGAGGUCUUCCCACCUACACAUCCACAGGUACCCAGCUCCAGUAAGCACCCCUUGUUGCCACCAAGAUGCAAGUACCCAGAAACUAGUGGCAAAAGGCAGCGAGAAGUCCUUCCACCUAUCUCCAAGAGGCGACAGGGGUAUCUCAAACAGUUCCUGACAGCCUAUGAGCUGGAAGAGAUCAAACACUACAAAAAUGUGUGGUACAUGGGAGAGAAGGUAGUCAAGAUUCAUAGCAAGAACUCAUCCUUCAAAUCUGGCUAUGACACCAAGGAUGGAUACUAUAAAGCAAUAAUCAAUGACCACCUGGCCUACCGUUUUCAAAUACUGACGGAGCUUGGGGUAGGUGCAUCUGGACAGGUCUUCAAAUGCAAGGACCACAAGACUAAUGAAUUCAUAGCUGUCAAGAUCAUUCGAAAUAAAGAGAGUAUUCAUCGGCUGGGAAAGGGUGAAGUGACCAUUUUGAAAGCCCUGAGGAGAUCAGGCCAGAGUAACAAGGCAAACAUUGUCCAAAUGAAGGAGUACUUCUACUUCCGCAGUCACCUCUGCAUCACAUUUGAACUCAUGGAAAAGGACCUAUUUGAAGCAAUGGAAAAUGCUCUCGAUAAUAGAUUCAGUGAAAAGGGACAAAGGAAAUACACCAUAGACAUUCUGAAUGGACUGCUGCUGCUCAGAAAGAAGAGGAUCGUCCAUAGUGACAUUAAACCGGAAAACAUAUUUCUCUUCAAAAAGGACGGUGAAAUGCAUGCAGCUGUCGGUGACUUUGGGGGGAGCUACUUUUUGGAAGACACAGAUCCAGAAUUCACCUUCACUCCAAUGUAUGCCUCUCCAGAGGUGCUUCUCGGUAAAAGCUGCAGUCCAGCUACCGACAUGUGGAGUCUGGGCUGCAUCAUAGCCGAGCUCCACCUUGGUUACCCGCUGUUUUGUGGAAGCAACUCAGAACAGCAGUUCAUUCGUAUAAUGCAGGUGCUGGGUCCUCCUCCUAAAGAGCUGCUAGUGAAUGCACCCAAGAAGAAAAAUUACUUUGAUUGCAAGGGCGUCCCGUUAAGAAUGGAAAGCAUAAUGCGCUACAGAACCUCACUGACCAGACAUCUGGCUUCAACAAACUACCAUUUUGUUGAUUUCAUACGACGCUGCCUUGAAUAUGAUCCACAAAGGCGUAUGACACCAGAGGAGGCCAUGCACCAUCCAUGGAUUCUCCAAGGCAUCAACAACAAGUCUGCACGGAGAACAGAUGUCCCAGCGUCAGCCAGCUACAUGAGGCCUGCCCUGCUGAGAAGAAAGAAAUUGUCACAUCAGCAGCUGCAGCCAGUCGUUGAAGUUGAAGCAAGAACAUUUCACAAACCAUACCAUAAUGUGUUCCAGCACAACAGUUUACUUGUUGAUUGUUAUUAACAUACAUGUUUCACCUCUGCCACUGUUCAACUGCUCAACACAUGAAACCUGAUUCUUUUCACCAAAACAACACACAAUGUUCAUGCAUGUGUUGGCUUCAUGAGGCCAUGUGACUUCUUCUUAUGCAAAUACAAGUUUAAAGUGGCUCAGUGGUUAAGACUGGCACCCUGUGUGCAAAAGACAUCAUGGUUGCAAGUUCAACUCCACCCCUGGCUGAUUGUACUCAAUUCCCGUGUAAGUCGCUUUGGAUAAAAGUGUCUGCUAAAUGACAUGUAAUGUAAUUGUUAUGGGAGUACAUUCAUUUUGUCCCAAAGUGGCAUUUACAGCACGACAAUGACACCAAUGUUGCCUUUGUUACGCAGCACGUCGCAAGAUUCAGUAAUUUCAUCUGUGUAAAUACAAGAAACACUCACUAUAAGAGUAUAUAUAUAUAUAUAUAUAUAUAUAUAUAUAUAUAUAGAUAUACACCCACACACAUAUAUAUAUAUAUGUAUAUUCACAAAUGGAUUUUGUAAAGACAUAUGCUGUUUUAAAGUUAUAAAUCAUGUCUUCUCUGACUUAUGAUCGCUGAAGAGCGUCUUGCCAAAUUCGAAAUUCACAUUCUUAAAUGCAAACAAGAAGCUAAAUAUGUUGGGGCUUAAGACCAUUUCAACAUCUGACCAUGUACAAAACAAAAAAGCAGCUAAAACUAUUAUUAUAUGGACAAUAUUAAUAUUAUUUUGUUUAUGUAUUAUUUGCUGUUUUAGUCCAUCUCUGUAAGGGAUGUUCCUACUUUGUCAAUGUUUCUGGAC